CAACAACAGAACCACCAGAUACUACAACUACAGCACAACCAGCUAUGACAACAACAUUUGCACCACCAGCACCCUGCCAGAAACUGAACUGUGCUUCGGAUGAAGUCUGUAUACAGAAAAAUGGAGAUUAUGGCUGUGCCUGUGGCAACAUUACAACUAGCAGCCCGAAUAUCUAUGACGCCAAAGAAACAUGUUCAGGCAGUACUGGAUCACUGUCUCUGUCUCGCUGUCAACUCUUUGAAGCUGGCUAUUCUACAGAUGUUCUCCACCUUAAUGACCCAAGAUGCAAAGGGGAGAUCCAACAUAACAGGCUGGUCUUCCAAUUUGACAGUAAUGCCAGCAUGUGUGGAACAACUCUGGAGAAUAAUGGCACACACAUCAUCUUCAAGAACAAUGUUGGGACGACUAAAGGUUUGAUCAGUCACACGGUUGGUGGACUCAACAUUGCCAUUUCCUGUGUGUAUCAAUUUAUCCAGAACAUCUCAAUGACCAUGGGCAUUGAAGCCUCAGGAAGUGUAAUUAGCAAUGAACUGUCCACUGAGAGCACAUUCCACAUCCACAUGAUCCCGUAUACUGAUGCUACAUUCUUGGUACCGUACUCUGGCAAUGUGACCCUAGAAGUGAACCGUCAGAUGUAUAUAGCAGUGCAAGUGGAUCAUUUUGACAGCACUCAGAUUGCUAUCGUGCUGGAGAGCUGCUGGGCCACACCCAUCAACCAAAUGGACUAUUCUGUCCGCUGGGACCUGAUCAUUAACAAGUGUCCGAACCCCAAUGAUAGCACGGUGGACGUGUUGAAGAACGGUGUCUCCACAUCCAGCCGCUUCUCUUUUAGUAUGUUCACAUUCACUGGAUUCUCCCCCAAGAUCUACCUGCAUUGCCAGGUCCACCUCUGUUUGCAGAUGACAGGCAGCUGUGCACCGCCAUGCCUUCCAUAAUUUUCCAGAGAUGCUCAGCUGCCAUUGCAAUGGGAUUCUGAUUAGUUUGCUUGAACUACUUACAGUGCUAUAAUUUACAUUUUUUUUAUUUCUGUUCAAUGUUUAUUCAUUAAUCACUGUUUUGAUUUAAUAAUGAAUGAAAAUAAUUUUAGAAUUCAACAAGUCACCUCAGACUUGCUCAUUGGG